AUGGGUCUCGAGAUUGCCGCUUGGAAAGAAUACCAGGGGCGCGCCCUCGUCAAAUAUGACCGCAUUCAGAUCGAUUCCGCGAAACAGAAGUUCUGCCUUGAAAGGGACGUAGAUAGGUGGAAGAGGAUUUUCAAAAGCGACCCAAGCUGUAUCGACAAGUGGGAUAACGCGCCAAUCGUCGCAGUCUCGCAGGAGGAACUCGAAGAUGCAAGGAGAAGAAACAGCACUUCCAGUGAUGAGGGACGUGCGCCGUCGCUUACAUUUCAGAAACGCCAACUGCUAUGUCUGGAUGGUCAGUCACGCAUUAGAGCCGCCUUGAGCUCAAUCCUUGGGCCAGGCACCAGUGGAUUCGGCCCUGUACACAUCGUUCUCAACAAUAUCACCAAUUCUCAGAAAAGCCACAUCCAAAACAAGAUCCCUCUGCACAUCACACCGAGCGGUGGUCAAAUCUACUCGAAGAUUCUCGAUUCGGAGAACUGGGAGGGUCGACCGCUCAAUAAAUUACUCAAAUCUACACUGGGGCCUGUCAACAGAGUGAGGAGGGAUCUACCGACCAUAAUGUAUGAUUACCCUUCUGGUAAUGGAAAGGCUUACCAUGCAACACUCUGCGAAAUUUCAAUCGAAAAGUAUCUGAUAGGCUACAUCCUGGGCUUUUGGAAUGAUGUCGUCAGCGAAAGCCAAUCUCGAGUGGAUGGCCUCAACGAGAUGAAACCCGAAGACUUCCCAUCAGAAGUAUUCGAAAGACUACAGGGUUGUAUCCCUGUGGUUUCAGAAGAUGAUCGCAUGCAAGUCCGCGAGGUGUUUGCGAGGGCGGGGCCUUUCUGCAGAUUGAGCAGCAAGCACAGAAAUGCCCUUAGGCGUUCUAUCCAAAGGAAGAGCGGUCUAGUUCCGUCAAUGAAACUGUUUACAGUGCACAUGCGGGUCCUAGAAGGCAUCUCAGUUUGUAUGAAAGACUUGCUUGAUAUCAAGACCGGGAAACGCAGGCGGGGUUGUGCAACGCCGCUCGAGAGCGUGCUCAGAGUGCUGUACACCACCGAAAGAAACGCCUGUGAUAGGUACCGCAUUCAAACGCUCAACGGCUGGAGGACAAUCGAUGCACCUUUUCAAGAUCGUCGAGAACUGAGUUGCCGUCAGCUCUGGCUUUUCGUGAUGCGGCAUGACGACCCGAGAGAUAUAGAUCCAAACCACCUGGCUUAUGUGGCAAAGCAGCUAGGUUUCUACUCACCCCGAAUAGACGAGCUUGCUAUGCGGUACGAGGUGCCUGCUCGGGAAACAACUGUGGGCCUCGAGAGCUCCCCAUGGAGAAAUGAUAUCCCGGUUGAACGGAAGGAGCGUCUCGGGCCAAAGGCCACCACGUGGCUUGAGAAGUCAAGAAAGGCAAGGAAAUACAUGUACUUUGACUUUGCAGAGAACUUCGGGACUCGCGCAGCACAGAAGCAUCUGAAGCUCGAAAAUGUUACCCCGCUGGUAGAACUAGCAUGUAUCUACCGUGCAUUUUUCGCGCAUCCAUUCUCGCCCUCACCGUAUGCUGAGAUCCCAAGUCUACACGAAACUUCCUGUUCCCAGUCUCAGACAGUUAUUCAUACCGACAGUGAGCGUUUGCCAGCCCCUCAGGAAAGGGUUCGUAGCAGAGAUAGCUGUGAAUACGAAUCCGCUGCUGACGAGACAAUGGAGAUUGAAACCGUACCUGAACCUGACAACAGAGCUUCGUCACCCCUAGAGUAUCCAUUAGACAGUGAAGGAGAAAGUGAAUACGAAUCAGCUAUUGAGAAUGUGAUACCUGUUCGACGGGAAGAUCACACCGCGACGAGAAAGUCUGAAGGACCUCUGGGAGGGCAAACCUUAGGUGAGACAAGCGACCAUGGCAGCCCUAUAGGGAUGUUUGAAGCCGACGAGAUGGAUAGUCUCCAACGGGGGAAUCAAGGCAUACCACCACCAAGGGAGCAUGAUAUACAAGAGCCAUUUUUAUCAACCAAAAGUGGUUCUUACAGGCCUGAGCCGGAUCAGCACCAACCGGCGGGACUGAGUUCGAAUACCUCUAAAGUUCUCCAGUCGACUGCACAGGUUGGCCGGUCACAUCUAAAUUGUACAUUCGCCGAGGGACAGCAUCCGGAGACAAUCGAUCACCCAAGCCGUUCGACGGGGAGACAAACUCCGGAUGGGAGCAGUCCAGUUGAACCUGACGUUGGUAUUGGAAUUUCCUCGAGUCCAGGACCUGCGACCGCUGGCCCGGAGGUGAGGGAUCAAGAGAUGAAUGCCCGUCGCGCCAGCAAACAGAAUGUUUCAAGCACUGUAUCGUACCCGCCUAGUCUGGUGACGCCCGAUUUACGGAUCGCAGCGUCAGCGGGGAUGGCUCCUUCGAUUUGGAGUGACGGUUACUCUGUGGACCCUACGCCGGAUAGAAGAUGGGAUUUGGAGCCGUCUCAUGAAACCCUCACAAGGUCGUCGUAUCCGACUAAACACGUCGGUGAUGCUUUGGAGUGGCUAGAUCUGGACUACUCGCAGCAUCCCUCCAAGAAACUCAUCAAACCACAGGGUAAUGUGAACUUACUACCAGGCCAAGGCAAGGGACUCAAAGCCUCGCAACACAGAAAUUGGCAUAAACUCGGAGCGAACGCCACUGGAGGGAAUUUUGCGGAGACAUUGCCUGUACGGGCCGACCCAUCAGAGAGUGUUUUUGUAGAUAGCCAACUGAUGCCGGAUGAGGACACGAGAAAGACCGCAAGUCCCCCAGCGGGAAGCGGACUCAAUUCGGUGGAAAUGGAACGGGGGAGGCAGGACGGUUCCCAGGGCCAUGACCCGCCCGGGUACAUUGAACCUGCGUGGUGUCAACCGGUUGAGACGGAUCAAUACCGGCGACCAUUUUCUCACAGCGAAAGGCCCAUACCCUCGGGGAUAGUGCUGGAACCAGUCCAACCCGGAGUGCCGAGCGGGUAUGUUGAUACCACAUACUCUGAUCCUCUGGACGAUGGUCGCCUUGACAAGAGCCAGGAUGGCCCUCAAGGCUCCUCUCUGGGGGACGUCCGACAUUACAAUGAUUGUAUGAGCAUGUUUGACGCGACCAGCUUUAGUGAUGAAGGGAGUCCCCUGCAAAAUGAGGUAUUAAGCAAUGCGGGUUCUCCAACGAGAGUUAGUACGGCGCAGAGCAUCCCUUCGGCCGACUCCAUCCCUUUCAGUGCGCUGGGCGAGGACCACGCUGCCACCAACUCGGGCAGUUGCUUGCUUCAAAGUCGCAAUGAAGAUAAUCGAUACAAAGGGUCGGUGUCUUCGUGCCAAGAUGAACCCAGAACACCCGAUAGAAUGUUGGUGGACAUUGAUAGUUUGACUUCGUCGCACGCUGAUAAGACAUCGACACCGCCAGUGGCGUUUCCGUCUGCCCACAUGGAACUCGACGACACAAGACAGGAGCAGACACCAUCGGAGGGCUACGAGCAGACCAUUCCGUUUUACCUACAGACGACCCCAACCUCGCCUGGCAUAGAAAGCCCCUCCUCAACGCCGAGUCGGGAGGAUCGCGCGGGUAUCUUGCCAGUCAGUCAAGGCGACGUCGACAAUCAUGAUUCCACCGCCACGACCCAGACCUGCCGUAGUUUGUCCACAUCCCCACAUUCUAGACACGAAGCAGUCCGGCCUUUCCAUAAGGUGACUCGGCACCAAUCCUCCCCGAACGAGGGCAAAGCCGCCAGCUGGUCCAACUGGCAGCCCCCAACGGUGGAGGAUGUGAGUGGAACACAGCGAGAGGGAGAAGACUCCAUGGAGGGACUUGUCUUCCACGUACCCAACUGUGUUUCCCCAGACCCACCUGAUGAGCGGCCCGUGGGAUCUGCAUUAUCCCCUCUCAUGUUACAACCCCAGUAUCGGGGGUCGCGAGGAGAUGACAUGACCCCUGCAAGCAAUCAAGCGAGUUCCAGGGAUGACAGGAUCGCUGCAGAACAAGUAAUGCCGUCUAUGGAUGGGCACCCACAAUACAUACCCUCCCCGAAUGAGAACGACGCAGCGAGCAGGUCCAACUGGCAACCCCCAACGGUGGAGAAUGCGAGUGAAACACAGGGAGAGGGAGAGGACUCCAUGGAGGGACUUGUCUUCCACGUACCCACCAUUAUUCCCCCGGACCCAAUUUACGAGCGGCCCGUGGAAUCUGCAUUAUCCGCUCUCAUGGUACAACCUCAAUAUCAGGGAUGGGGAGGACCUAACGUGACCUCUGCAAGCAAUCAAGCGAGUCCUAACAAUGGCAGGGUCGCUGGAUUCGGAGCGUCCUAUCUUCCAAUGCUGGCUACAGUAGAGCCGAGUCCCGAGAGGAGUGGUAUUGGGGAAGGAUUACAUCGAAAAAGAAAGGGGGAAAGGCUCGAAGUCAAAAACUUGGUUGUCAAACGCGCCUGCAUAGAAUCCCCCGUGAAAGAGCGGCUAGACGCAGCAUCUGGCUGGGGUAUGCUACGCCAGCACCCAUUACCUAUGGGACAACAUAACGGACAAGUAGACGGACCGAGAUCGAUCGCGGCCACUCAAGAGGCAUUUGCAUUUGUACAUGGAUCAGCAACAGACAGGGAUACGCACACGAAGUCGGGGCCGCUUCCGCAGCAAGGCCGUGAUCAACCUGAGCCGCCUGAGACCUCACAAAUGCAAAGCUGCUGCUCUGUGCCACGCACAAGACCCUCUCGCAACCACGCUCGUUCAGAAAAUAUACCUCCUAUCUGCCUGGAUUUUGCGAACAAACCGGCUACCUUCGAGUCCACUCCUACAGAACCCCCGAUGCAGCGCGCUAGAGCAGCACCGGCUACAAUGCCAACAAGUCCGCCUCCGACUCGACCGAUCAUAAAAGACUGGCCAAAGUUCAGCCCAAUGUUUGGUCGUGUUUCUAGCAAAGUACGUGAUUCCCGGAAUCAAGGUGUAAUGAACAAGAAGCAGACUACAGAUUGUCCCCAAUCCACUACUCUCAGCCACUCGCUAGCGACAAUCCCAGCAUCAGUCACAGCACCAAGCUCCUUCACCCAGAGGCCUCCUCAAGAUGUGCAUCUAGAUCGGGCAGUGCAAGAACCGGUUCCCACCCCAGGGGAAAUGGGUCCUGAUAUACAAGACAACAUGACGUUCCAAACCAAGGUGUCACCGGCCGAUCCUAUUUACACUGCGUUCACAUAUCCCAGUAGCAUAGUUGAUAUUCUACCAACGAGGCCUAACCCUCUACCUUGUGGUUCAGGCAUCUCUCUACCGGGUCAAGGGACUCUAAAGACCCAUUUUGAAAGUCUAUCAAAAAUGACAGAAAUCGGGGCUCGCAAUUUAUUUCCCGAAUCAGACGGAAAACACAGAAAGCGAAGACGCGAUACACCUGAUCAUCCUCACUCUUGUAACAACGAGGUGGAUGUCAGGUCACCAAAGGCAGUGUUACAUUGCGGAGAAGAGAAGUCGGAAAACACAAGAGCGGCCCAGGUGGAGAUGAUCGGCCAUAGCCAACAUGAAAUCAGCUUGACCGAUGGCCACAAACCCCACAAUAAGGAUGAUCUUCAAUCUCAAAGACAGGAGGAUAAUGUUAAUCCCGGGUUCAACGAAGUUCCCAACAAACGUAUCUGUCUGGGUUUGGACUUCCCCAAAUCGCUUCAGUUUGCACUAAAGCCCCGGCAACCUAGGGGCUUUAUUCUCAUCGUGGAGCUUAGUGGCGUUAGCGUGAUAAAGGUCCAUCGUCAAACUCGAAAGACGGUUAAGGCGUGGUUUAAAAAGUAUUUUCGUGGCAAGCAUGGGCGAUUCUUCAACAGGCAUUUACAAAUCGUUGAACUCAAUUGUGGGAAGGCCGGAGCCAUCCAGAUCUCCCGGUUUUUCCAACAAGAAGAUGUAUUGGUCUUUGAACAUCUCAGACAUGAUCCAAUCAAUGCAAAAUCUCCGGCCAAGAAAAUCAAUGGGGAAUCGCCGACCAGGAAAGCCAACGCAAAAUCGCCGGCCAAGAAAAUCAAAAAAGUAAUCGAGAGGGUAGUCACCAGGAACAUAGAUACAGGCUCCCCAUCCACCAAUUUGCACAAAUACAACCUUAGACCUCGAACUCGUCGAUAA